UGACAAAAUUUAAGUAACUUUUGCUUAAGAAUUUUUAUAUAUAUUUUUUUUAUUUUUAAGGAAAUAAAAUUGUACGCAACGUGAUGACACUUUAUAUCAUAAUACAUUUGUAAUAAUUAUUAUUUCUAAAUGUAAAAUUACUGAAAUAAAUUAUAUCGCAAAAAAAUUUUUUUAUCCAACGAGUUAAAAUAUGUCUCGCUUUUUAAUUUAUGUAAAUUUGAAUACAUUGUAAUUAAAAUUUUUUGUAUUUGACGAAAUUUACAUUAGCCUCGACAUAUGUAGAACUGAUAGAAAACAAAAAUUGUCAGAACGCGACCGACUGUCGUGGAGGUUACAUCGCCGGUGGUGUUUGCGCAUUUCUUUUCGUAAUGUUGGAAGGUGUCAAACAUGUUUUGUUAGUGCUUUCUGGUAAAGGUGGUGUUGGAAAAUCAACAAUCAGCACACAAUUGGCACUUGCACUUAAGGAAUCAGGUUUUCGAGUUGGUUUGUUAGACGUCGAUCUUUGUGGACCUAGUGUGCCUUAUUUGUUAAAUUUAGAAGACAGAGAUGUUCAUCAAUCUUCUGACGGAUGGGUGCCAGUGUUUGCAGACAAGGAACAAAAAUUAGCUGUCAUGUCUAUAGGAUUUUUAUUAAAAAAUCAAAAUGAUAGUAUUGUUUGGAGAGGUCCAAAAAAAACUGGAAUGGUUAAACAAUUUUUAACAGAUGUCAUUUGGCAAGAUAUUGAUUAUUUAAUUAUUGAUACACCACCAGGAACCUCAGAUGAACACAUCACAGUAAUGGAAAACUUGAAAAAUGUUAAAUGUGACGGUGCACUUAUAGUAACUACUCCACAAGCAGUUGCAGUGGAUGAUGUUUUACGAGAAAUAACAUUCUGUAGAAAAACUGGGAUUCAUAUAUUUGGUAUUAUUGAAAAUAUGAGUGGUUUUGUCUGCCCAUCAUGUUCAGAAUGUACAAAUAUAUUUUCCGCGGGUGGAGGAAUAGCUCUUUCUAAAAUGGUAAAUGUUCCAUUCCUAGCAAAAGUGCCUAUAGAUCCACAAGUGGGAAAACUAGCACAUACUGGUCAAAGCAUUCUAAUAACAUUACCUGAUAGUCAGGUAGCACAAGUGUUUCGAAAGCUAGUCGAGGAACUUACCCAGAGCAAGGAAGCAUGAAAAAUUUGAUCUCAUGUACACGGUGUUCUCAAUGAAAUACUGUACUUGUUCGUGGCGAUAAUAUUAGCCCUUUGCGAACUUUCGCAUUUUUUUAAUAUUUUUUAGUAAGACUAAAUAAGAUAAAUUAAUUUGAAAAGAAAAACAUUCAGGUUUUAGUGGAAAAUAUAUUAUCAUGACAUAAUAAACAUAUGAGACAUAUAUGUAAAAUAUUUGUAUACAAAUAAUAUAUAGGAUCAUAAGGGGAUCGUUUAAUUGCAUUUUACAUAAAAGAGGUAGAAUAUAUGUGUACAAAUACAACGAUUUUUAUAUAAUAGCAUUUAUGAGAAAUAUAUAAAAGAUUUUGCACAUUGUAACAAAUUAGUACAUGUGUGUAUAUAUAAUUCUAUGUCAGUGUUGAUAAAACAUUUACAUUUUACAUUUUAAACUUUUUGUACAAAAAUGUGAAUAGAUUAUUAUAUUAUCAUUGUAUAAUGUAUAUACAUUAAAAUCUGUAAAUCUAUGCAUUAUUCUACUUACAAGUUUUCUUUAAAACUCAAUGUCAUUCGUUUAUUUACGAUUUUUAAUUAUUGUACACAUGUUCAAAAAUAAAAAGAUAUAUAUUUCCCCUA